AUGAUCUCGAAAGUGGACUUCGUCGGGGCUGUUCAGCGGUGUUAUAAUCAGUCCACAGUUGUGGAAGUAAGGGAAAAGCUUGAUCAAAGUCAUCUGAAUAAAGUUUCAAUCAACUCAUGGCUUGAGAUUGGUCCUCAUGCCGCACUUCAAGGACCUAUACGCAUUCGGUUCUGUUACGAGACAAACUCGCAGUACAUCAAAAAAAUUAACUUGAACGAUAUGUCUUGGGCAAAAGAUCAUAGAAUCAACGGUAUCAUCUUGUAUCCUGCAGCUGGUGUCCUUGCGAUGGCCAUUGAAGUUAUGAAACAACUUGAUGACAACAGCUACAGGGGCAUUGAUUUCUUCUCAAAGCCUAGGAUGGAAGCUUGUUUUGGACAAUAA